AUGUCUGAUGAAGAUCUUAUACGAACUGGCAAAUCUUCCAAAAUAUUGUCCGUUGUGUGUGUCGUGACUGUCUUGAUUGGAUGUGUUAUCUUUGUCGGAUUAGUCACAGUUCAAACGUUAUAUCUUUCUAAACGUAUAAGACAAUCAGGAAUUAUAUUUCCAAAUCCACCAUACACCAAAGAUUCAGAUUGUCUUCAUUUUCUCGUCAUUGGAGAUUUCGGAAGAGGAAAUGAAAUGCAAAAACAAGUGGCACAAUCCAUGGGUGAUUAUUGUCAACAACACGAUGGAUGUGACUUUGUAAUUGGAACUGGAGACAAUAUAUAUCCAGAUGGAGUGAAAUCUAUCAAUGAUGAACAAUUUAAAUCAAAAUUUGAAGAUAUUUAUACGCAUCCAAGUUUGAAUCAGUUGGAUUUUUAUAUGGUGUUAGGAAAUCAUGACUAUCGUUCAAAUCCUCAAGCAGAAAUUGAAUAUUCGAAAAUGAGUACGCGAUGGAAACUGUUGGAUUACUUUUAUGAAUUGAAAAAGAAAUCAAGAUUAGGAGGAUUUGAAUUGAAUUUGAUUUUCACAGAUACAACUCCAUUUCACAGAUUGUUUUAUUGGGAUCCUAAAAUUAAUAGUACAGCAUUGAAUGAACAAAAAAAGAGAAUUCCAGAACAAAUGAAAUGGUUACGACAAACCUUGACUUCUCAUGAACCAAGAGGAGAUUCUACAUGGAGUAUUGUUGUGGGUCAUAGUGCCGUCUAUUCUGCGAGUUCUCACUACGAUUCUCAACCCUUAAUUGACAAUUUUGAGCCCUUAUUCAAACAAUUUCAAGUUCCAUUGUACUUGUGUGGUCACGAUCACUAUUUGGGAUGGCUAGCUAAUCGACUCAUUACCAAUGAAAAGGAAAAAACUCAAUACGUUGUGAGUGGAGCUGCAGGAGGAAACAUUUAUGACCGAUUGAAGUAUAAUGCGAACUUGUUGAAUUAUUAUAUUGGACCAGGUGGAUUCUUCUCGGUGGAAGUUCAAAAAGAACUCAUAUUUGUUAGAGCAUUAGAUGAGAACGGAAAGGAAAUUUUCAAGUUUAGAAUUGAUAAGUGA